UUUGUAUUUUUUUUUUCUGCAUUUCCUUUUCAGUCAGUAAUGGACUCCCUGUCCCUGCCAGCCUUGCUUUUGCUCAUCUGUCCAAUUUGCAAGUCAUAGUUCAAAUACCACCUCUUCCAUGAAAGCUCCUUCCCGGUCCUCUUCAGAGAAAUGUCUUUGUGUAUCCUAACUGCAAUGGCACCUUUUCUCUCCUCUCGUCCGUUUCUCCCUCUGGUACUAGUGGAAUAGUUAGAAACCUCAGCUUUGGAGGGAUGAGCAUGGCUCCAGUUUUGCCAUUUACAGUGUGCCCUUAGGCAAGUGACUUGAUUUCUCUGAGUUUCACUGUCAUCGUUUCUAAAGGUCCAGAGAUGGGCAGCGAGAAGGAGCAGAGUCCUGGAGCACACCUGCCUGAGGAAGGGGAAGGGGCUAAGCCGUGGAGAGUGGAUGGCUCCAAGGACUCUCAGACCACAUCUGGGGAGGAACAUGGGCAGGAGAGCCUGUUGGAGGGGCACAAUGAACAGCAUUCACAAAAGCCAUGGCGGAAAGUCACUCCCCAAGCUGGAGGCCCCGGGGAUCCCAUGACUUUCUCAAGCCCAGAGACAGAUGAGAAGCCUUUUACAUGUGCUCAGUGUGGCAAAGCCUUCAACAACACCUCCAACCUGAGAACGCACCAGCGGAUCCACACUGGGGAGAAGCCGUACAAGUGUUCAGAGUGUGGCAAGAGUUUCUCCCGGAGCUCCAACCGCAUCCGGCACGAGCGCAUCCACCUGGAGGAGAAGCACUACCAAUGUGCCAGGUGCCAGGAGAGCUUCAGGAGGCGCUCCGACCUCACCACGCACCAGCAAGACCACCUGGGCCAGCGGCCAUACCGCUGUGACAUUUGUGGCAAGAGCUUCAGUCAGAGCUCCACGCUGGCUGUACAUCACCGAACCCACCUGGAGCCGGCCCCUUACAUCUGCUGUGAGUGUGGAAAGAGCUUCAGCAACAGCUCCAGCUUUGGGGUGCACCACCGUACCCACACGGGUGAGAGGCCUUACGAGUGCACUGAAUGCGGGCGGACUUUCAGUGACAUCUCCAACUUUGGUGCACACCAGAGAACGCACAGAGGGGAGAGGCCGUACAGGUGCACCCUGUGUGGGAAACACUUCUCCCGGAGCUCCAACCUCAUCCGACACCAGAAAACACACUUGGGCGAGCAGAAUGAGAAAGAUUCUAGCUAAAGGGGGGCCCUGAUUAGGGAGUAAGGAGG